AGGGUGGACUAAAGGGUGGUUAGGUUAUGGAUAAACCAAAACCUGUAUUUGCUAGAAUCGAAAACCAAACAGAAGGGGUGGUCAGGUUACUCUUAUCUUUCUCUCUCUCCCCCUCUCUCUUUACCUUUUUUUUCUCUCAUAAACUCAUUCUCAAAAAAAUCUCACUCUUGUAAAAAGCUUCAUGGAUCUACCAUUCAAAGAGGUGGAUUUAUCAGGUUCAUACUUGUCCUGGAAAGCUUCAGCCAUGGAAAAGAAUGUGUCUAAUGCAAAAACAUUUCUUGAAAAGAUGUAGACAGAUGAUAUGGAACUGAACAAUGCUGUGCACACUGCUAUUUUGACACUGAAGGACGGGAAAGCAGAUAUUCUCCAUGUGAUUGCAAUUCGGAGCAACGGGGUUGUUAGUAAUUUUUUCGCCUUCCAUCAGAGUACUGACACCAGCGGCAACCAGCGGAAAUCGAGGAUUACCUACUGGAAGUUGAGUAGUUUGUCUUUUAGCGAAGGGAUUGGGAAAACUAAAACUUACCGGAUUCAGUUUGCCCUGAUUUCAUCUCUUAUAAAAUGCUCUGUAUCAUGA